GUGCCCCUCCGGAAGCCGGGGUCGGCACGCGCCUCCUCACCAUGGCGACGGCCCGGACGCCGCGGCGUUUCUGCCGCUGCGCCUGCUUCUGCACCGAGAACUUGUACGUAGCGCGCUACCGGCUCCACGUGCGCUUCCAGGGCGAGCAGCAGCUGCUCCGGGACUACGGCCGGAUCCUGCGCAGCCGAGGGUGUGUCAGCCCCAAGGACUUCCAGGAGCUGUUGGGAGAGCUUGAGCAGGAGGUAGAGCGGCGGCAGCGGCUGGGGCAGGAGUCCGCCGCCAGGAAAGCCCUCAUUUCGAGCUCCUACCACCCGGCACGGCCUGACCUCUACAACACACUGCAGGAUGAGGCUCUGGCCCCUGAGUUUUUGGCUGCAGCUGAGUACAGCGCAUCACCAGGUGCAGACCUCGAAGGCCUUCUCCAGCGGCUAGAGACGGUGUCUGGGGAGAAGCGGAUCUACCGGCUGCCCGUGUUCACAGCACCAUUCUGCCGGGCCCUGCUGGAGGAGCUGGAGCACUUUGAGCAGUCAGACAUGCCCAAGGGAAGACCCAACACCAUGAACAACUAUGGGGUGCUGUUGCAUGAGCUAGGCCUGGAUGAGCCUCUGGUGACACCACUGCGGGAGCGCUUCCUGCAGCCACUGAUGGCGCUGCUGUACCCAGACUGUGGUGGGGGUUGGCUGGACAGCCACCGUGCCUUCGUGGUCAAAUACGCACUUGGCCAGGACCGCGAGCUAGGCUGCCACUAUGAUAAUGCUGAGCUCACCCUCAAUGUGGCCCUCGGCAAGACCUUCACCGGGGGUGCCCUGUACUUCGGGGGCCUCUUCCAGGUUAGUGUGUGUAACCAAGGGGGCAGGGCCUGGGGCAGCCAGGAAUGCCCAGGCCUCAGCCCAGCUGUCUGCAGGCGCCGUCAGCCCUGGCCAGGCCCCUGGAAGUGGAGCAUGUGGUGGGCCAGGGCAUCCUGCACCGGGGCGGCCAGCUGCAUGGGGCCCGGCCCCUGGGCACAGGUGAGCGCUGGAACCUCGUCAUCUGGCUUCGGGCCUCUGCUGUGCGCAACCGCCUAUGCCCCAUGUGCUGCCGCAAACCCGACCUGGUGGACGACGACGAGGGCUUCGGUGAUGGCUUCACCCGCGAGGAGCCCACCGCUGUGGAUGUGUGCAUGCUGACUUGAGCCAGGUCGGGCCACGUGGGGGUAGCGUGGCAGGCCAGGGCUCUGCCUCCUAGGGUUGGGUGGGACAGGAAUAAACUCCCUCAGCCCUCAGGCACUUUUUGGUUCAAAAAGACACAUAAGCUUCUGUGUCAUUCUUUUGGCAGACAGGCUGUCUUAGGUCAGGUUUGUUGGAGCCUGAGACAGGGAUUCCUGGGCAGGUGGUUUGUUGAGGGAACACCUUCAGGAGGAGGAGGACAGGGUGGAAAGGAGCUAAGCCGAGAUGUAGUUUCAAAGGGCGGCCAGCCUCAGCUUAAUCCCAGGGAGUGCUCUGGGGCAUAGAUCUAGCAGUCUGUGCCUUGCAUCAGUGCGGCCACAGGGUGUGUCUGGGCUGGGGGGUGAGGAGGUGGCAGUCAGUUCCCAGACCUCCGUCUCCAGGGCAGGUGGCUCCCAGUGGCCAAGGGAACCUUCCAGAGUACAGGAGUGAGUUAGCCUUGGGCACCACGGUUGGGGUGGAGGGUGUCUGUCUAUAAAGGGAUUCAGUGAGACACCGACUAGCAACUUGCAGUUGGUGUUAAGGGCUUAAGAGCAGGGACCCUGGAGCUAGACUGCCUGGGUUCAAGUUCUAAUUCUGCUGCGUCCAGGGGUGUGAUUGUGGGGCAGCCACAUGACUUCUCUGUGCCUCAGUUUCCUCUCCUGGAAAGUACUUCUCUCCUAAAGCUGUUGUGAAAGUCAAAUGCCUUAACGUUCAUAAAGUGCUUUACAGCA